AUGAGUGCCGCUCAAUAUGCUAGACUUGUGCCAAAAAAGUAUCGGUCGAGGACGCUGCCCAAAAUCGACCGCCCAUGGCGGCCACGUGUCAUCGCAUGGGCCGGACCGGCCGCUUUCUACCCAAAUAGAUUCUACGAAAUCGAUAAAUGGUACAAGGCGCGUAUCGAUAAGCCGGAGAAGCUUCCAGAAAUGCACGUCAUCGAUCCGGCGAACCAUAUGCGAUCGUUGAGCGAAUUGAUGAAGAAACCAGAAAUCGAUCAAAUCGACAUCGGAUUCAAGAAGCGUGAGGAGGUUGUAAAGGCUGAGAAAUCAGCAGAGGAUCGUGUGGAAUUGGAGAGAAAAUCCAGGCAUAUGCAGUUGAAAAUCGACAUAUCCUCAUUGGCCUCUGAAAAUCUGCAAGUCUAUCGUCACUUCCGCGUCUUCGACGAUCUUUUCGGCGAGAACGUCUUCUUUGAAAACGUCCAAAAACUCGACGUCGCCUUCCAAGACCAUCAUUUGGUUCAUUCUGGAAACAUUCUGACGGCUGAAACUACAGUAAUCGCACCGGAAGUUUCAAUUGAAUCGGUUGGAAAAGGCAAAGGAUUCAAUACGAUUUUGAUGGUGAAUUUGGAUGGAAAUGCAACGGAAAAGCGCGGAGAAUUGAUUCAUUGGCUCAUUUCGAAUAUUCCAGAUGGAGAGGGAAUUCAGAAGGGAGAGGAAGUGAUGAAAUAUCUACAACCUCUUCCGUUCUAUGGCACUGGAUAUCAUCGUGUGGCUUUUGUACUGUUUAGACAUCAAGAAAAGGUGGAUUUCAAGAUUGGAGGAGGAUCCAGUCUGGAAGAACGCGUUCACUCGAUUUCGGAUCUCUACAAAUCCCAUGAAUCCCAAUUAACACCAUCGGCGAUUCGAUUCUUCCAAACGUCCUACGAUAAAAGUGUCAAAACAACGCUUCAUUCGCUUGGCCUAAAAUCGCCACUGUACGAGUAUGAAUAUCGUCAAGCGCUGAAGCCGGCUCAACGGGAGUUCCCCGAAAAACCACAACCGUUCGACUUGUAUUUGGAUAUGUAUAGAGAUCCGAAGGAGGUGGAAAAGGAGAUUCUGGAGAAACGACUCGCCGAAGUGAAGCUCGAUCAUGUUGAGGAACCCGAAUGGAUCGAUCCAAAUUGGGUGGAGAACAAGAAGACGUUGCCAGCGUGGCAACACGAUCGAAUUCUGGAGCGUCGAGGCGUCGGAAAUGCCAAAUAUCAUAAUGAUCUGUAG